GCUUACUCGUACAUUUCGUUCGGCGCGGUAGAUUUCAUCUCUUCAAAAACCCUGUUCGAUAUCCUUUAUCGUUAGGUUUUGAGGUCUUGCAACAGCAGCUCACUCUCCAUAAACGUCUUUCUGAUCAUGCCGUCUAAUAUCGAAAUCAAAGCCCAUCUUAGAAGUCCAGAGUAUGUAAGAAAGAAAGCUUUGGAGCUAAGUGGGAGUGACAAGGUGGAAAUUCUGCAUCAAUGCGACACGUUCUUUCAUUGUCCCAAUGGUCGACUAAAACUCCGGGAAUUUAAGGAAGAUCCUACAAAGUUAUCUCAGCUGGUUUUCUACGACCGGCCGGAUACUACCGGACCAAAACUUUCAAAAUUUUCAAAGACAGAAUCUCAUCAUCCAGACCAACUCAAGAUUACGCUGACACAAGCAUUGGGUGUUCAAGGCAUUGUCAAGAAAACCAGAACACUGAUAAUGAUUGGUCAGACCAGGGUACAUAUUGAUGAAGUAGAUGAACUGGGAAGCUUUAUGGAACUUGAGGUUGUGAUGAAGCAAGACCAAUCAAUAGAAGAGGGAACCAAAAUAGCAGACAAUUUAAUGGAAGAGCUCGGCAUCCAGCCCAGUGAUCUAAUCUCAGGAGCUUACAUGGAUCUCAUACUGCAGCGGAAUGUAGACGGAGAUUCUUGACUCAAAGUGACUUUCAAAACGACAGAAAUUCAUUCUUAAAGGAAUGUUACAGAAUUGGUAAGAAAAACACUUGUCUAAGAUCACAGAUUUACAUUAAACUUACACGGUGA